AUGAACUCUGAGAAAGCUGUGGAAAAAGAUGAGUCUGGACACAGUGAGGUUAAAGAAAUUGAGAACAUGAAGCACUCCUUGGAGAACAGCCUACGGCAGCUGAAAUGCCAUUUCACCUGGAACUUGAUGGAGGAAGACGAUUCUUUGGAUGAUAUUGAAAACAGAUUCUGUAAUGAGAACGUGAUCCAGAACAGUGUAUCCAAAACCACAACAUACAACAUGUUGGCCUAUAUAAAACAUUGCAGAGGUCAAAAUGAGGCAGCCUUGGAAUGCUUACAGCAAGCUGAAGAGUCCAUUCGACAAGAACACACUGACCAAGCAGAAAUCCGAAGUCUGGUUACCUGGGGAAACUAUGCCUGGGUCUACUAUCACAUGGACAGAUGUCCAGAAGCUCAGACUUAUGUUGACAAGGUGAAACAGGUGUGUAAGAAGUUUUCCAGCCCAUAUAGCAUUGAGUGUCCUGAACUGGAAAGUGAGGAGGGGUGGACACAGCUAAAGUGUGGAGAAAAACAAAAUUCACGUGCCAUGGUGUGUUUCCAAAAGGCCCUAGAAAAGAAGCCAAAUAGCCCAGAAUUUACCUGUGGACUGGCAAUUGCAAUGUGCCGUCUGAAAGAUGGCUCGCCACCUGAGAAUUCUAUUGAUUCUCUUAUACAAGCUGUUCAAUUGAAUCCUGACAACCAGUUUGUUAAAGUACUCAUGGCUCUGAAGCUUCAGAAGAUGGAUAAAGAAAAUGAAGGAAAGAGAUUAGUUGAAGAAGUCUUAGAAAAAGGUCCCUGUACCUCAGAUGUGCUUGACUAUGCUUCCAAGUUUUAUCGAAAAAUGUGGGACCUGGACAAAGCUAUAGAAUUGCUCAAAAGGGCUUUAGGAGACAUGCCAAAUAACACCGACCUGCAUUUCAAAGUUGGAUGCAUUUAUAGAAUAAAAGUUCUCAGUAUAUUUAAAGGAGAAAAUAAAAUGUAUGGGAGAAACUGCCGUGAGGCACAAUACCUAAUAGGACAAGGUAUAAAUCAUUUAAAAAAAGCUUACAGGAGAAAUAAAAAUCUUUGCUGGGUCAGCCUCUAUCUUGCUGGCCUCCAUUCAAUGGCAAAUGAAAAUGAAGAAGCAGAUUAUUAUUACCAACAAGAACUCAGCAAAGAGCUUACUCCUUUUGCCAAACAAAAGCUCCUUAUUCAAUAUGGCAACUUUCAGCUUUUUCAAAUGAGGAAUGAGGAUAAAGCCAUUCACUACUAUAUGGAGGGUGUAAAAAUAAACCAUAAAUCCAAUGAGAAAGAAAAGAUGAAAAGCAAGCUGUAUAAAAUUGCCCAAAAAAGGUUUUAUGAAUAUAGAGAAGAUUCUCUGACUUUGCAACUUUUGGAAUUCCUCCAGCAGCACAAUGUUCAAGUCAGCAGUCAGCAAGAACCUGCUUUGAGAAUGUUUUGAGAAUGUUAUGGACUCUAAAAGACUUGGGCCUUCAAAAUUGUUAUUUGAGUUUUGAAGUCCUGGGAUAGGAUGUCUCCAGAACACUUGGAAAGAAGCUGAAACUCUUCCUCUUAGUGGCAUUCAAAUAUUUAAUGUGGUUUGAGAGAGAUGAACA